AGAAACCUGCAAAAGUACCCAAGCUGAAAGCACCACACUUGCAGCUCCUCAGUCCACACUCCACACUCACUCCUUCCUCCCCCACUCCCCAGCUUCACACCGAGGCAGACCAUACCGGCACCGGCAGCGAGCAGUCGGGAGCCAUGGCUCCGCCGCUCCUGCUCUUCCUCUUCCUCCUCCCGGCCCUCGCCGCCGGACACCAGCACCCGUCCUCCUAUGGUUCGUCCGCGCUCUCCGAGUGGCGCCCCGCCAAGGCAUCCUACUACGCCGCCGACCCCGAAGACGCCAUCGGUGGGGCGUGCGGGUUCGGGGAUCUGGGGAAGCACGGGUACGGGAUGGCGACGGUGGGGCUGAGCACGGCGCUGUUCGAGCGCGGCGCGGCGUGCGGCGGCUGCUACGAGGUCAAGUGCGUCGAGGAUCUCAAGUACUGCCUCCCCGGCACCUCAAUCGUCGUCACGGCCACCAACUUCUGCGCCCCAAACUACGGCCUCCCCGCCGACGCCGGCGGCCACUGCAACCCGCCCAACCACCAUUUCCUCCUCCCCAUCCAGUCGUUUGAGAAGAUUGCGCUCUGGAAGGCCGGCAUCAUGCCCAUCCAGUACCGCCGUGUUAAGUGCCUCCGAGAAGGUGGUGUCAGGUUCUCUGUCAAUGGUCGGCACUUCUUCUUUACAGUCCUAAUCAGCAAUGUUGGUGGCGCGGGUGAUGUUAGAUCUGUGAAGAUCAAAGGAACAGAGUUAGGAUGGCUCUCGAUGGGCCGCAAUUGGGGCCAGGUGUGGCACAUCAACUGUGACAUGAGGGGACAACCCCUGUCGUUUGAGCUCAGCUCAAGCGAUGGCAAGACACUCACCAGUUUCAACGUUGUGCCCAAGGAUUGGGAGUAUGGCAAGACAUACACGGGGAAGCAGUUUCUUCUGUAGAGAAUGAGUGCCACAAGAUCAGCUUACAGUUUCUCAUUUUUGUUCUGAUCCUACGAGUUGGGCUGUGGUGUAUAUUCCUCUGCAGAACAAGCAAUAUCAUUAUUAGGAGAAAAUUACUUAGUGCAGGGCCUAAGAUAGUUACUCUGGCUCAUAAAUGCUUUUUCAUGUACCCUUCAUAGUUGCUCUAAAGAGGCUUGAUGUAUCAUUGAAAAUAGAAGGCCGAAUUUGGAUGUCUCCGUUGUAUUACAAUAUUUUACCUGGCAAGUAAUGACAGAGUGUUUCUGCAUUUCUGUA